CCAAUGACAGCUCGAGUCUGGAAAGUCAAGUCAGGAGCGCCAAGAGUUUGAGCAGGGAGGACGGUCAAAAUGGCGAUUUGAAUUAGUAACCGAGUUUUCAAAUCUCUUAACUGUUUUAAUUAUAGUUUUUAUCUGUAUUUACUGCACUUUUAUGAGUAGUUUAUUUGUUUUAGCCUACCAGUUAGCGUAUGAAGUAGCGCUGUUGGAGAAAGCCGUGGUUUGUGUAAAGUUUUAGAGCAGUUAGGCUAGGCUAGGUUAGCAGGUGAACUAGCGCUAGCUCGUUGUUGUUGUUGUUGUUGUUGAGGGGUCGGUUAGUUAGUUAGUUAGCUAGCGUUAACUAUGUCUUCACUUGGUAUAUUCUUUUAGUCGAGACAGACUAAGAGCUGGAUUUAACGAGGAGGGAGUGAAACAGUAGCUAAUAAAACACCACGAAUGAUUCUCUAGCUGGAAAGAGAGUAAUGGCCUCUUAUAAUGUGGUUUUCGCCAUCGACGUGGGCUGCCGUUCAGAGGAGCUGGACUUGUCUGGAGAUGUGUACCGGGAUUAUCUGAAGCAGUGGAUUUUGCGAGUUCUGCUCUCCCUGGGCAGUAAGUACGGGUUUGAGAAGGUGCGAUGGGGCUACAGGUUCUUUCACACGCAGGCUGUAAAAAGCGCGAGUCUCUUGACCAGAGGCACCGAUUUUAAAGAGCUCAAAGAGAAGGCCUUUAGCGACUUUGAAGAAGAACUGUCAAGAUGUGCUCCCACUGACAACAACACAUCUGAUAACCGUCAGCACAGGCUUCAGCCCAGCCAGGCGAGCUGUAUGCACAACACACUAAAGGAGAUCCUGCUGGACUAUCAGUGGGACAGGCCAGACAUAACCUCCCCAACAAAACUGAGCCUGCGGCCAAGGAGAGCUGGCCGGAGCGCCAGCAGCAUUUCUCUGGCAGAUGACGAGCUUUCAUGUCAUGUUAAAAAUGUUCUGUUUCUGGCCUCCACGUGCCCACACUCCAAACGAGAGCUGUGGGAAUACCUGCACGUCAGUGACAGUAGAAGCCACAAGGAUUUACCCGAGCUGAUCCUGCCGAAACGUCUCAUACACCUUCUAAUUCAGAGGAAAGUUGGCCUUCAUUGGGCCGAUUUCAGUGUUUACAAGCAUACCAAUGGGUCAGAUGACUACAUGGGCUUAAAGACCAUAACAGAGGUAUUGCAGCAGGUAGCUGGAAAAGUGGUUCCUGUGCUGACCCCUACUGUGGCGCCAAAGCGUGAACAUGAACAUCCUAACCUGGGCAUUACAGACAUCACAGCAAGAUUACAAGCCUUGCCAACAAGCUCAACUGUCAACUACAUUUUGUCUUCUGAAAAGACAUACCAGUGGGCCUUUCCAGCCGUGGUGGGAAAUCUUAGCUGGGGAGCAGAUGAAGAAAAACAGAUGUGCAGUGUUUCCCUUGAGCCGGUGUCCUGCACACAGAGACCUCUGUGCACUCCUGUCACAGUGACCCUCAGAACUGUAUUAGAAGGUCUGGACACCAGCUCCCUCCGUCAGUCAGCCUCUGAGAGCUGGGUCCUGGUGUGCCCACAGAAGACAGAACCGAGUCAUGCUGCAUUUCACUACUUACUGAAUGAACUUGCAGUCCAGUCCUCUGAUAUGCUAGCAGAGGUCGUCGAAGGUGGUCUGAUCCGUUCUGCUGUUUUAUCGCUGCUAAGCCCUCAUACAGCACUUCUGACACUUCUCCAGCCACUGUCCACUCAAUCUAAGGAAGUGCUGGACACAAACCUUAUUUCUUCAGAAACUGCACACAACUCCACUGACCUUCCUGAUAUUGUCAGCAGUGUACUCAAUGUCAUAAUGAAGGAAGAUGAUAGCACAGAACAAAUUCAUCAGCAUCUCCUUCCUGAAUGGGCAAAUCAAGAGCUCCAGCAGUGGCGUAACCUGGCAACAGAUCUUUCAGAACGCUGGUUUUGUCUAUCUGACCAGUCUGGGAUUAGCUGCAAUUUAAUGGAGUCAAUGAGACUUCUGCACGCUGCUCCUGAGGAGGACGAGGAAAAAGAGGAAGAUGCACAGAGGGAGCUGACCCACAGUCUAGCUGAGCUUUAUCAAAAUAAUCGAGCUGGACACACCACAGGUCCGAAAGGAAAAAAAAAAGGUACUCAGCGAACACCAGUUAGGCAGAAGAUGAAGACGAUGAGCCGUUCCCUACAGAUGCUGAACGUUGCGCGCUUUAAUGCUAAAGCACAGAAAAGCCAACCCGAGGCAGAUCUUUCCAGCACCACCAGAGCAACUGAGAAGCAGGACAGGAGGUGCUCCAGUGAAAGGACUAAGAAAGGACCCACAUCCUUUAAAAGUGAAGAGGAGAUGCUUUCCCAUUUGAAACUGAGAUAUCAGCAGGCUGUGGAGGACAAGAGUUUGCCUCUUCGCACUCAAGUCCAGGACGUUUUCUCAAUGGUGAAAACCUAUACCAAAAAACACACAGAUGCAGAGGCUUUGUUCUUGGAUUUAGUCAAGAAGAACAUCUUAAAAAGUGCUCAAUCUAUUCGACAGCUUUAUGGAAGUACUCCAGACACUGAGAGUAAAAUCAGAGAUUGUCAGCUUCAAGUUGUUGUCAGACUUGAGAUAUGCAGACAUCCAUCCUCAGACCAGGACUCGGAUGAUGUAGAACAGAUGGUGGAGGAGGUGGCUGGUAUGCUGAGGAUAAUAUCUUUGACAAAUGAUCCUGUUUACCUGUCAAAGUUCAUGCAAGAGGAGAUUCUGCCAUUGUACCUAAAAGAAAUUCCUAAAAUCCUGGCAGACAUCUACAACAGUCUUGGUACCCAGGUGCCAGAGGUACUUGCUGCCGUCUUGCCCUCUGACUUUUUCAGUGAUGACUCUAUGGCAAAGGAAAGUGUUUCUGUGGGUUCAACACACUCAGCAACACAGAGUGUGGUCUCUAGUGUUGGAAAUCGCCUUGAGGAGCUGCGGAACCGCUCAGCUAAAAAGAGGAGAACCAGUGUGCUGUCACGCCAUAAAAGCAUGACAGAAGCUUCACAGGCCCUCCGGCAAAUAGAGAUGCCCAGAAAAUCCACUAGACAGUCAAAGUCAAAAAAUAGUCCAGCUUUAGAAAAGAAGGUUGUGGCGAGUGAGCCACCUCAAAAGCAAGUACAAGAGGUAACAAAGGUGAGGAGAAACCUCUUCAAUCAGGAGACUGUGUCCCCCUCAAAGAAAGCGAAAAUGCCUCGCAGUCAGUCCGUCUCAGCAUUAGAAGGAAUGAAGAAACGGAAACGAUCACAGAUAGAUGAGGAUCAAAACCCACUGCUGACAAAAAAAGUAUCUGAGACACCUCUGCACAAGCAAGUGUCAAAUCGUUUACUGCACAGACAGAAGAUUGGCAGGACAUCUGGCCAAACUGAUAUGUGCAUUAUUGAGGAGUCUCCUGUUAAACCUGCCACUGAUUUGAGAAGAAGUCCUAGAAUAAAAGGCCUGGCCAGGAGACAUUCUAGUGUCUUCUACUCAAGCUCACAACCACGGUCUCGAAAUUUGGACAAAGCCUUGUCGUCCUCACAGCUUCCUAUUUCUGAGGGUAAAGGUGAUAUUAAUGUUGGUGAUGUUAAGUCGCCAAUGAGACUUCUGUUUGGUGCUGCUCAGUCCCCUGCACGUCCUUCCACAUCUUCCUGGGGAGCUAGGGAAAAAGGAAACCUUCGACUUGGGUCUACAGAUUCUGUUUUUGAGAAUCUCAAUACAACUCCAAGAAAAUCCCCAUACGAGUCUCCAUAUAAGCUCCGUUCUGCAGUAGGAAGCAAAACUCCCAGGACACCAACCUCUUCCUCCAAGGCUCAACGCAUUACUUUUCCUAAAAGCCCAGUAAAUACUGGUGGGGAGAAUGGAAUGACCCUGAGAGGGAGUCCUUUUAGAUCUCCAGCUGCAAAUAACCUAGUGUUGGAGACACCCAAGAAAAGUCCACUGAAGGGUAUUCUCAGAACCCCAGUGAAGAGCUUUUUGGAACAAGGUACCCCAUCUGCUUCCUGUUCCAAGAGCCCUAGCAUGAGAACACCAAAGAAGAGUGUCACAUGGUCCCCAUCUCCCCGAAAGGUUCUGGCAGAAAAAACAUUCAAGGUCCCAGAGUCUCCACAAGAAUCAAAGAGAUACUCGCCGAAACUGCUUACGCCAAGCAAGUUUUGCCAAUUUCGGGGUGACAUUUUUAAAACUCCUGAGAAAUUACCCCAGAGAAAGUGCAAAGGAUCCCCUGAAACAGUUUUGGAAAUCACUGGAAAUGUUGACCCUAAAGAAACUAAACAGGGGCAGAGGUGUGAGAAAAUGAGGAGGACAUUAAGUUUACCUGAGAAAGGUGAUCUGGAGAGUCUGGAAGUACUUUCUAUUAACCACCCUUCACCACCAACACCAGAAUUAAAAAUUGCCAGGAAAAGCCCUGCAUCAUCACACAGAAUGUCUACUCGUUCUGGAAGGACUCCUCUUAAAGGUGAUUCUGCUCUGUCUAAUGAUGAAGCUAAAGCCCAUAGCCCUUCUCUAAGCAAAUGUGUGUCUUUGCCUGUGAAGGAGAAUCCGUCAAUGCCUGUGAAUGAUAGUUCAUCAAAGCCUUUUCUGCUGUCACACUCCAAUGAAAACGCAUCUGCUAGCAACCAUCCAAAAUAUUUGAUGGAUUUCACAGAGUGUAAAAAAACACUAGGGGGAGAGUGUUGGAAAAUAAAAGGUGCUGAUGGUGGACAGAAGGAAUCUACUAAAGGAAUCAUUGAGGAAGGCUCAUCCUCAGACUCUCAGCAGUUUGACUCCUCCCAGUUUAGUGCCACCACCACAGAAGAAGAAAGCAUUGAUAUAGCAGAAGCUUCUGUAGUGAGGACCGAACUAACUACUGGCCUUAAGAUGAAUAUCUCCUUCUCAAGGAAGUCUUCUAAAUCCUCAGGAUUCUUUGAGUUUACAGGUACCCCCACUCACCCUGCAGAAGCUUUACAUGGGCGCAGUUAUGGUUUCCGCCAGACCCCAGAUCGACAGCAAAGAAAGGCAGCAGCACGUCUUGGAUAUUCACCUGGGCUGACAAGGUUUUCCACUCCACGAUCAUCAGGAACACCAAGACAAGGGAAAAGGCCUAGCGAAACCAAUCCCCUUACAUACGAAGUAGAGUUGGAAAUGCAAGCUUCUGGUUUGCCCAAGCUGAAGUUCAAACGUACUGACUCUUUCAGUUCAGGUGAUGCAGCUGAUUAUGCAGCUAAAGGGGUAACGUCACAUGUAAGGAAUGCCAAGGUACCAAGGAUUGAGAGCCCACUUACCCAUUGUUCCAAACAUCGAGAACCUGGCUGCAUAUCACCAUCCAUUUGUACACAUGGUACACCUGGGAAAGGAAGUAUUCAGACAUUCAUAUGUCAGUCUGUGACUCCUACAAGGCUCCCUAAUAACAGCCCUUCCCCUCUGGGUGCUGGAGAAAUCAUGCCCUGGACCCCAUCUCCUCAAAGCCGAGGGUGGUCAACCCCAGAGAACUUAAAUAGUUGGCCUCGCAAGAAAAAGGCACGGACUGGUAUUGUAGAGACCAAAGAGAAUCCUUUUAAGGGAGAGGUUGAGGUACUUGAAGAUGAAGAGCUUGAUGGCGUGUUUAAAUUACAGGGGGUUGAAGAUCUCAAGGAGACAAGGACCCCUAUCUCAAAAUUCAAAUCAGUGGCGACCCCUCCAAGCUCUAAAGCGAAGAAACCAGUGACUGUCAGUGGAAUCCUUGCUCUCACUCAGUCACCCUUAUUAUACAAGGGAAAAAAGCCUUCUGCUACCAAGGAAGCCACACAGUCUGAUGCAUCUAACGGAAACUCAGACUGCUUGGACGGCUCACCAUUCAGCCAGUCACGCAGACGACAGGGAUGUGGUAGAACAUACAGCCGAAAGAGGCUGCUGGAGUCAUGAGGUGUAGAAAUGUGUGUUUUAUAAUUGUGUGUCUCUUUUAUUAUUGUCUGUCUUAUUAUUAUUUUUUAAAUCCUUUUAAGGGAUUUUAUGUUGUGCGUUUUUCAAUCUGUGAAAAGUCUCAAAAAGGGUCAGACAUUACUGCUGUCUUGACUUAUAUCAGGUUGUUUAUUUAUGUGGUUUUUGUCCACUUUUAAAUGUUUCUUAGCUUUUCCAACAGUCAGUGGAUUGUUCAACAUUUUUGCAAUUAAAUACUUUUUCCUUUUUAUUUUGUUUGCUGACUAGCUGACUAAAAUAGAAGUUUUAUGUUUCUUUUAAUCAGUUUUACUGGUAAUUAGUGUAAAAAUUUAAUACUUUUACCUAUUAAUUAAUUAGAUGUAAUAAAUUAUUUAGGGCAUAUUACAGGACCAAGCCUUUCCAGACAUCUUACCUAAUAAAUCAUAACCUAAAUGUUUUUUUUUUUUUUUUUUACUAACGGGCCCUGAAUAGGUAGGAAAAAAGAAAUCUGCAAAAAUGUUUAACUAUCAAUUUGAAAUGCUGACCUGGUUUGUGCUGUUGUAUAAUGUGAAAUAAAUGUAAAUGAGAAUCAAUUUAUUUUAAUAAAGAUAUUGUUCUUAAAAA